UGAACAAUGGUAUAGUGCAUUCAGUACUAUCUUUGCAUCAGUGACUCGUCUGUGAAAUAAACAUAACAGUUUUCACGGUGAUUCUCCGGUAUAUCAUGAUAAAUGAAACACGGAUAGAAUGAUCAUAUGUGUCUAGAAAAUGCUCGGAAUACUCGUAGCUGGGCGACUCGCUCAAACUGACUUCCAACAAAUUGGGGAAAAUCAGUUCUUAAUCAAUGUGCCUGAUGCCGAUAACAUAAAUCAUAUCGUGGUCUUCCUGACCGGUAUCGUGCCAUUUCCUGAUGGUAUGGGAGGUGCAGUGUACUUCAGUUGGCCAGAUCCUAGCGCACCACCCAACUGGCAAUUUCUCGGCUAUAUUUCCAAUGUUAAGCCAUCAGCUAUCUUUAAGAUAUCAACGUUGAAAAAGAAUCACGAGUUCGAGAACAGCAAUGUAGGUAUCUUUGGGAUAGGCAAGAUCUCGCAUAUGGCUCAAAUUGGUGUAUCUGUGGAACCACUGGCAGUAAUCGAACAGCAAGCAGCUACACUUGCUACCAUCAUGACCAACAAUUCCAUAGAAUUUGCAGAGAAAAUGCUGACAAAUUUCAUGAACUAUGUGACAAGUUUUUUGGUGACACAGGCACAAGUAGUAUUGAACCCAACGGAAAAUUUUGUACCUCUCUCAUCAGUGCAAGGGUGGUACGAAACGUUUCAGAGGCGGUUACAACAAAACCCAAAGUUCUGGAAGAAUAUGUGAUCGGAAGUAAUAUGUUACGAAGCCUUUUAGACUUUAUACUGACAUGGAGUAUAUGUAUUUGCUCGCGUAUGAUCCAACAUGCAAACACGCAUUUAUAUACACUCUAUGAUAAUGUCACAGCAAAUGUUAAACACAACUGCUGUGAUAAUGCAUUUGUCUUCGAUGCUGCUACGAGACAUUAAUUCGUCAAAAUGAAUUUAACAUUUUUAUAUUACCACCAAUAAAUAAGUGGUGACGUUA